AAUUCCAAAUUCAACCCGAAAAUCAGCAUCUUCCGCCGGUUCUUCAAUGGAAGCAUCGUCAUCAUCGUGCCCGAACCAACCACCACCACUGCCGUCUUCGCCAGAGGAUGAGCAUCGGAACUGGCUGGAUCUGCCGCGAGACGUGGUGUCGGCGAUAUUCGUGAAGGUUGGUACGAUCGAGGUGCUGAGAAACGUUCAGAGAGUUUGCUCGCUGUGGCGCAAUGUCUCCAGGGACCCUCUCAUCUGGCGCACCAUCGACAUGCACGCACUCGGUGACCUCACCGACUCCGAUGACAUCCUUGACGCCAUCGAUUCAUAUCUUCCGCUGUUGUUUUGUCUUUCCAUUUACAGUACAAGUCAUCUACGACGUCUAUGCCUUAUACGAUGCUAUAGUAUAACAGAUGAGGGAUUGUGUGUAGUUGCAGAAAAGCUAUCUCGGUUGGAAGAACUUGACAUAUCAAUCAGCAACUUAUCCAAGGAUCCUCUAGAAACUAUUGGCCGGAGUUGCCCUCACUUAAGAACAUUGAAAUUUAAUAUAGAAGGUUACAAAAGUCCACACAUUGAGUGCAAUGAGGAUGCAUUUGCCAUUGCGGAAACAAUGCCUGCAUUACGCCAUCUACAGCUUUUUGGGAACAAGUUGACCAAUGAUGGCUUGCUUUCCAUUCUUGAUGGGUGUCCCAAUCUUGAAUCUCUUGACUUACGCCAGUGUUUCAAUGUCAAUUUAAUAGGAAAUUUGGAGAGGAGAUGUGCUGAACAGAUCAAAGAUCUACGGCGUCCAUAUGAUCCCAUUGAUGACUACCCAUUUGAAGCGGAAGAUGACUAUGGAUCAUUUGAUGAAGACUAUCCAUCUGGGAUAUCAGACAUUGACAUAUUGUCUGAUUAUGAGUAUGACUUUUAUGAAUUCUCAGGUGGGAGUCUGAGUGAAUUUUCUGAUUAUGAUUACAAUGAUGAUUAUUAAGACUCUGGUAAAUUUAACACUUUCCAGCUAAAGGACAGAUAGCUGUUGUGAAUAUGUUAGGUAUAUUUCUCUAGGAAAUAAUCAACAAUGUAAUCAUUGAAGUAUCCUCGACCUUCCAAGGAGGACUCAUUUUGGUGCUGGUUAAUGAUCUGUUGUAAUGAAUUUGCAUGGUUAGACCACAUGAUCCUUUUUUGAUCUUAAUGUCCCAUAGGAUAAUAGUACCAUUUUGAUAAGCAUUACUGUUUGCAUUGUGCAGCUAAUUAGAUGUAUGUCAGAAGCAAUUUCUUUAGCUCAAUGUAUGUUUAUAAUUGACGAUUCUGGACGGGUAGGAGAUUUUUGGGUAUGUUUAUUAUUGUAGUUUUGUCGGAUGAUUUCGACUACGUCUGUGGUUUUCCUUUUUUACGUUGAGUCCCUGCCUUUUUUCGGCUGCAUCAUCCAGCAUUAGCUCUUGUUAAUGCACAAGUUGGGGGCCGCACUAUGUUGCAAGUUCUGUAACCUUUUUCUAGUGGUGUUUUACUUUCAAA